AAAUAGCAAAAUUGCGUGAAAACUGAAGAGAAAGAGAGAGAGAGAGAUCAGUGGUUAGAGGGCAGAGAGUUGAAUCAUCGAAUUUUUUUUUUUUAAUUUUCGGUCCCGUCGAAAUUGGGUUCUCUCGCUUUGCUCAUCAAGAUCUACCUUUCAUUUCUACCGAAAAUUCCGGGUUUCUGGAGAGAGAAACAAAAACAAAUUUCAUCUAUUUGUUUUUUUGUUAAUUUUCUUUUGAACGUUGGGAUCGGAGGGAAAAUAAAGGGGAUCUAUUAAUUUUUGGAGGGACUUUCCUUUUCUUUUUUAAAUUUUGGUGUAAUAAUUUGGAUUUUGCGGGAACUUUUUGUUAAAGAAAAUUGGACUUAGUUUUUAUGCAAUCUGGUGGUGGUGGAGGAGGUGGGCCCAGCCGGAACCCUGGGGUGGUUCCGGUUGGGCGGACCGUGUCCACAUCUUCUGCUGCUUCGCCCACUUCCUCGUCAUCGGCCGUUUCAGCCCCUCACUUCGGGUUUGAUUCGGCGCAACAGCAGCAGCAAAUCGCUUCUAGGCAGUCAUUACAACAACAGCUAUUUAAAAAACCUGAAGGAAGUGAUGCCAUCCUAACAUAUCAAGUCAGUGGUCUUCAAGGUAUGAUGGGUGGAAGCAAUUUUCCUUCAUCUCCAGGCUCCAUGCAAUCACCUCAACAAUCCAAGAAGUUCUUUGAUCUGGCUCAACAACAUGCUUCUUCCCAGGAUAGCCUGCAUAGGAGUCAAGCUGUUGAGCAGCAAAUGCUGAAUCCUGCUCAGCAAGCUUAUUAUCAGUAUGCUUACCACAUUGCUCAGCAACAGCAGACGCUUUUAGCACAUCAGCAAGCUAAACAGGCUCAGGCAUCAUCCUCUAAGAACACAUCUGAGAAGUUUGGUCGUGUUGAAAAGCAGAUGGAGCAAGGAGCGGUGUCAGCUUCUGAGCACAGAAAUGAGUUCAAGGCACCUGCUCAGGCGCCAGUUAGUAAAAAAUCGAUGCCUGUAAAUGUUUUAAGGGCAAUGCAGGCCCAACAAGCUCAGCAAACUGUUCAAAACACAGGAAACAAUCAACUUGGUAUGGCUGCACAGCUGCAGGCAUGGGCACUUGAGCGCAAUAUUGACCUGUCGCAACCAGAAAAUGCCAACUUGAUGGCUCAGCUACUCAUGCAGUCUAAGAUGGCUUCCCAGCAAAAAGCAAAUGAAAGUAGCAUGGCUUCUCAUUCAUCACCUAUGCAUUUAUCCAAGCAGCAGGUCUCUUCUCCAUCAGUUCCAAGUGAGAGUUCUCUCCGUGGUAAUUCAUCUAAUGAUAUAUCUGCCCAGUCUGGCCCUGCAAAAACCAGACAGACAAGUAUACCGGGCCCUCUUUGCUCAACUUCCACCUCUGGGGUGGUUAACAAUGCUAACAACAUUGGAAUGCAACAGUUGGCUAUUCAUGGCCGAGAUAAUCAAGUGCCUCUGAGGCAGACAGUUUUGCAUGGAAAUGGGAUGCCUCUUAUGCAUCCUCCACAGUCAUCUGCAAAUAUUAGCCAGAGUGCCGAUCCAUCUUUGCUGACAAAAAAAUCAUUAGGUGGAACUGAAACACCGCAAACACAAUGUAUCAAACAAUUAAAUCGAUCUUCUCCACUGCCUGCUACUCCUAAUAAUGAUGGAGGAUCAGUUACCAACUCACUGUCACAAGGGGGAGUAGCUACCAAGAUCCCCCAGCAACAUUCUGGUUUCACUAAACAACAACUUCAUGUUCUCAAAGCACAAAUACUAGCAUUUAGGCGCAUUAAGAAAGGAGAACGUACACUUCCACUGGAACUUCUUCAAGCCAUUGUUCCCCCACCACUUGAGCUGCAGCAGCUCCAAUUUCCUCCUGUAGGUGGAAAUAUUCAGGACAGAAAUGGUGGAAAGAGUAUAGAAGAUCAAGUGAAUCAUUUGGAGUCUAAGGAGAAAGUUUUGCAGGCCGGGCCAUCUACCAAUGGACAGAAUGCUACUAAAGAGGAAGCUUAUGGUGGAGAUGAUAAAGCAACUACAUCAAUAGCUCAAAUGCAAGGCGUGUCAACCACUGCCAAGGGAUUUUCUUCUAUUUUACCUUCUGGAAAAGACGAACUGCAAAGUGCCGUGUUUCCUGCAAAGUCUGAUCAAGAAGUAGAACGUGGUCUUCCAAAAACAGCAGUCGCUAGUGAUUUUAGUGCAGAGAGAGGAAAGACUGUUGCACCAGAAGUUGCUGCAUCUGACGGAGGGCAAAUUAAGAAACCUGCACAAGUAAACUCUGCUCCCCAGCCGAAAGACCUUGGCUCUGCCAGAAUGUAUCAUGGACCAUUAUUUGAUUUCCCCUUCUUCACUAGGAAACACAAUUCAUAUGGCUCAGCUAUGCCUAACGGAAACAAUAAUCUGACUUUGGCAUAUGAUAUCAAAGAUCUUCUCUUUGAGGAAGGGAUUGAAGUCCUUAGCAAGAAACGAUCAGAAAGUUUAAGGAAAAUUGGUGGCUUAUUAGCAGUAAAUUUGGAAAGGAAAAGGAUUAGGCCAGAUCUUGUUCUGCGACUGCAAAUUGAAGAAAAAAAGCUCCGACUUAUAGAUCUGCAGGCACGUUUAAGAGAUGAAGUUGACCAGCAGCAACAAGAGAUAAUGGCGAUGCCUGACAGACCAUACAGAAAAUUUGUCCGCUUGUGUGAGCGUCAGCGUAUGGAGUUGGCCAGACAAGUACAAACCACUCAGAAGGUCCUUAGAGAGAAACAAUUGAAAUCCAUCUUUCAGUGGCGUAAGAAGCUCUUGGAGGCUCACUGGGCCAUCCGUGAUGCACGAACUGCUCGUAACAGGGGAGUUGCCAAGUACCAUGAGAAAAUGGUACGGGAGUUUUCAAAGAGAAAAGAUGAUGAUAGGAAUAAAAGGAUGGAGGCCUUACAGAAUAAUGAUGUCGAAAGGUACAGAGAGAUGUUGAUUGAGCAGCAGACAAGUACAACUGGUGAUGCUGCUGAGAGAUAUGAAGUUCUUUCAUCAUUUCUGACGCAGACUGAAGAGUAUCUUCACAAAUUGGGAAGUAAGAUAACUAUAGCCAAGAAUCAGCAGGAAGUGGAGGAGGCAGCAAAUGCUGCCGCUGUCGCUGCACGGUUGCAGGGUCUAUCAGAAGAAGAAGUUAGGGUUGCAGCAGCUUGUGCUGGAGAGGAAGUAAUGAUAAGAAAUCAGUUUAUGGAAAUGAAUGCACCCAAGGAUGGUUCAUCUGUUAGCAAGUACUAUAAUCUUGCUCAUGCGGUGAAUGAAAGAGUCAUAAAGCAACCAUCAAUGCUACGAGCUGGAACAUUACGAGACUAUCAGCUUGUUGGUUUGCAAUGGAUGCUUUCUUUGUAUAAUAAUAAACUAAAUGGUAUCUUGGCGGAUGAGAUGGGUCUUGGGAAGACUGUUCAGGUUAUGGCAUUGAUUGCUUAUUUGAUGGAAUUCAAAGGAAACUAUGGUCCACAUCUUAUAAUUGUCCCAAAUGCUGUUCUGGUAAAUUGGAAGAGUGAGCUCCAUAACUGGCUGCCGUCUUUGUCAUGCAUCUAUUAUGUUGGAGGAAAAGAUCAGCGUUCAAGAUUAUUUUCUCAAGAGGUUCUGGCAAUGAAAUUUAAUGUCCUCGUGACAACUUACGAAUUCAUCAUGUAUGAUCGGUCAAAACUUUCUAAAAUUGAUUGGAAGUACAUCAUAAUUGAUGAAGCACAGCGGAUGAAGGACAGAGAAUCUGUUUUAGCUCGUGAUCUUGAUAGAUACCGCUGCCAAAGGCGGUUACUUCUUACUGGGACUCCAUUACAGAAUGACUUGAAAGAACUCUGGUCACUGUUAAAUCUUCUCCUUCCUGAAGUUUUUGACAAUCGCAAGUCAUUUCAUGAUUGGUUUUCACAACCAUUUCAAAAGGAAGGCCCUACGCAUAGUGCAGAGGAUGAUUGGCUUGAGACGGAGAAGAAGGUUAUCAUCAUCCACCGACUUCAUCAAAUUCUGGAGCCUUUUAUGCUUAGACGUCGUGUUGAAGAUGUGGAAGGAUCCCUUCCCCCAAAGGUCUCAAUAGUUUUAAAAUGCAGAAUGUCAGCUAUUCAAAGUGCCAUUUAUGAUUGGAUAAAGUCAACUGGGACUCUACGAGUUGAUCCUGAAGAUGAGAAGCUCAGGGUUCAAAAAAAUCCGCUAUACCAGGCUAGGGUGUACAAAAUUUUAAAUAACCGGUGUAUGGAGCUUCGGAAGACUUGCAAUCAUCCUUUGCUUAAUUACCCAUUUUUCAACGACUUAUCCAAAGAUUUCCUUAUAAAAUCUUGUGGGAAAUUGUGGAUACUAGACAGGAUCCUAAUAAAACUGCAGAGAACUGGGCAUCGUGUAUUACUCUUCAGUACCAUGACAAAGCUUCUGGAUAUCUUGGAGGAAUACUUGCAGUGGAGGAGGCUUGUCUACAGACGUAUUGAUGGAACAACUAGCUUGGAAGAUCGUGAAUCAGCUAUUGUUGACUUCAAUAGCCCUGACUCUGAAUCCUUUAUAUUCUUACUAAGCAUUCGUGCAGCUGGACGUGGUCUAAAUCUUCAAUCUGCUGACACUGUUGUUAUAUAUGAUCCUGAUCCAAAUCCUAAAAAUGAGGAACAAGCAGUAGCUAGGGCUCACCGAAUUGGUCAAACAAGGGAAGUCAAAGUCAUUUACAUGGAAGCAGUUGUUGACAAAAUUUCUAGUCAGCAAAAAGAGGAUGAACUAAGGAGUCGAGGUACGGUUGAUUUUGAGGACGAUUUUGCUGGUAAGGAUAGAUAUAUGGGAUCUAUUGAGAGCCUCAUAAGGAAUAACAUUCAGCAGUAUAAAAUUGACAUGGCCGAUGAAGUAAUUAAUGCUGGGCGUUUUGAUCAGAGAACGACACAUGAAGAGAGACGCAUGACUUUGGAAACAUUAUUGCAUGACGAGGAGAGGUAUCAAGAAACUGUCCAUGAUGUUCCUUCACUGCACCAGGUAAAUCGCAUGAUAGCAAGAAGUGAAGAAGAAGUUGAGUUGUUUGAUCAAAUGGAUGAAGAACUAGAUUGGAUAGAGGAGAUGACUUGCCAUGAACAAAUACCUAAGUGGCUUCGAACCAGUACAAAAGAAGUGAAUACUACUGUCGCUACUUUAUCAAAAAAGCCAUCAAAGAACAUUUUGUUUACUGCUGGUGUUGUUGGUGUCUCAAAUGAAACGGAAACAGAGAGAAAACGGGGGCGACCUAAGGGGAAAAAGCGUCUGAACUACAAGGAAAUAGAAGAUGCUAAUGGGGAAUACUCUGAGGCAAGUUCUGAUGAGAGAAAUGGCUAUUCUGCUAAUGAUGAAGAGGGUGAAACUGGUGAAUUUGAAGAAGAUGAAUUAAGUGGUGCCGUUGGUGCACCGCCUGGAAAUAAGGAACAGUCAGAAGAAGACGGACCACUUGGUGAUAAUGGUUAUGAGUAUGACCAGACUUCAGAACACAUUAGAAACAAUUGCAUGCUUGAAGAAGGUGGUUCUUCAGGAUCAUCAUUAGACAGUCGAAGACCAAUACAGAUGGUGUCUCCUGUUUCUCCUCAGAAAUUUGGAUCUCUUUCUGCAUUAGAUGCUAGGCCGAGUGCUGUUGCAAGAAGGCUGCAUGAUGAACUUGAGGAAGGCGAAAUUGCGAUAUCUGGAGAUUCUCACAUAGACCACCAGCAAUCUGAAAGUUGGAUUCAUGAUCAGGAGGAAGGUGAAGAUGAACAAGUUGUCCAGCCCAAGAUAAAACGAAAGCGUAGUAUCCGGGUUCGACCUCGUCAUACUAUGGAAAGGGCAAAGAAAUCUUUCACCGAACUGCCUCAUCUCCAACGUGGAGAAUCAUCUUUGUUUCCUUCGCAGCUGGAUCAUAAGUUCCAAUUACAACUUAGGAUUGAUACUGAAACAAACCCAACUCGUGAGCGUAAUGCUUUCAGGCAUGAUCCAAAUGAUUCAUCUUCUAAAACUAAGAGGAACUUACCUUCAAGAAAAAUAGCUAAUACAUCUAAGUUGCAUGCAUCACCCAAUUCUGGUAGAGUGAACAUGGCUAUUACUUCGGAAAAUGUUGGUGAACCCUCGAGAGAGAAUCGGGACAGUAAACUGGUUAAUACAAGUGGUUUGUUGAAUUUUGGGGUGAAGAUGUCUGAUGUCAUCCAAAGAAAGUGCAAAAAUGUGAUUAGCAAGCUUCAGAGGAGAAUAGAUAAGGAGGGCCAACAGAUUAUACCACUUUUAACAGAUUUGUGGAAGAGGGUUGAAAACUCGGGCUACAUGGGUGGAAGUGGGACUAAUCAUUUAGAUUUGCGGAAGAUUGAUCAGCGUGUUGACAGAUUAGAGUACAGUGGAGUUAUGGAACUUGUUUCGGAUGUACAGUUGGUACUAAAAAGUUGUAUGCAUUUUUAUGGGUUUUCAAAUGAGGUCAGAUCUGAAGUGAGGAAAGUACAUGAUCUGUUUUUUGACUUGUUGAAGAUUGCAUUUCCGGAUUCAGAUUUCGGAGAAGCUAGAAAUGCACUUGCUUUCUCUGGCCCGGUAUCUACCCCCGUGUCUGGUCCUUCUGCAAGACAGGUAGCGGUUAACAAGAGGCAGAAAUCGAUAAACGAGGUGGAGUCUGAUUCAAGCCUCACACAAAAGACAUUGCAGCGCAGAUCCACUCAUGCUGGUGAGGACACAAGGGUUAAAGUGCAUAUGCCCCAAAAGGAAUCAAGGCUUGGGAAAGGGAGCAGUAUUUCCAGGGAACAGUAUCAACAUAAUGAUAAUUCUCUUCUAACUCAUCCUGGGCAGCUGGUUAUUUGCAAGAAGAAGAGGAAGGAUAGGGAAAAGUCUACGGUAAAGCCUAGGAGUGGAUCGGUUGGCCCUGUUUCACCCCCGAGUAUAGGUCGCAACAUCAGGAGCCCAGGUGCAGGUUCAGUUUCCAAGGAUGCUAGACCGACCCAACAGACCACCCAUCAGCAAGGUUUGCUCAACCAGCCUGGUCACCCAUCAAACAGUUCUAGUGGUCUCGUUGGUUGGGCCAAUCCCGUGAAAAAAUUGAGAACUGACGCCGGUAAAAGGAGACCAAGCCUUCAAUGACAUUUUAUAGUACCUCAGGUAAAUUGACUGCAAUCACCGAGUUGUAUUUUAUGGCUCUUCAUGGCCUGUACAAUUGCAAUUAGAUCAUAACAUUAUAAUAGAGUAGGUUCCUUGAGCCCACAUUGUCUAUUGGCCUUUCUGUGGUUCAAUCGAUGCAGUAGUUUUCUUAUCUCU